AUGGUUGUUAGUGUAAGAUGUGUAAAUGUUAUAAACAUUGAAGAGGUAUAUAUUUUAAUAAAAGAAAUGAACAUUGUGUUUAGAAACAUUCAAGUUAAUUUUUUAAAAGAAUUAUUUAAAGAUAUAAAAGUUGAUAAAAAAGGAAAUUUAAACAAUUGUAUCGAUAAGCUAAAUAAGAUUAAGUUGAACGAUGAAGAUUAUAAAAAAGAAAUGGUUGAUUUUUUUAACCAAAUAUUUAAAGUAGUAUAUGAUGAUAAUGAAUUAAAUAUUAGUGUAUUAUUGGAAGAAGAAGAUGAUGUUUUUUUUAGUUUUAUUGACUUUUACUCUUUUGAUUUAGCUAAGAAAAUUUUUUCGACUUAUAAAUGUGAAAAUUUUCAAACUUUAACAGAAGAUAAGAAGAUAGAAAGUUUUAUAAAAAUAAGAAUGGAAAUUUAUGACUUGUAUGUAGAAGUAAUUAGUCAAUUAAAGUUUAAAAAAUUUAAUAAUAAAUAUGAAAAAUACAAACGAUUUGAAAAAGAAAUCAAAGAUUGCUUUCCAUCUGAAUGUUGUCUGUAUGAUUUUAAUUCUUCUUCAACAAUAUCUGAAAGUGAAUCUGUCAUGCUUAAGAAAUUAAUAUUCAUGGUUUAUUAUUAUGAUAAAAAGCUAAAAAACAUUUAUAAAAUUGUUGUUAAAGUAAAUAAAAAACAACUGUUUAUUUAUGAAAAGAAUUUCGAUGAGAUAUUAAAUAAGUUUAAUAUUGAUUUAAAAAAAUUUAAGGAAAAUGAGGAAGAAUCUUUAACAUUUUACUGUGAAACUUAUGAAAUUUUAGAAUUAUUUAAGGAGAAUUUAUUUAUGAAUAAACGAGAAAACAAUGAUUUAGAAGCUGAAAAAAUAUUGAUUAAGAAAUUAAUUACUGAGAUUGAAUGUAAAAUAAAAUGUUAUAAAAAUAAGAGAGUUUUAAAAAUGAUAAAAGAGAUUAAAGAAAAAUUGAAUGUAUUUUUAAAUAAUAUUGAUGAAAACAACUACGUGGAUAAUUAA